GUGACUGGUAAGUCUCUGACUUUUUUGUUCUCUGAUGCGAGUUUCUUUGGUAUUUCCACUGAGAAAAAUCUCUGGAAAGUGCGAUUAAUUAGAGCAUAGAAACCCUAGAUUUGUUAUUUUUCGAUCGAUGAAAAUCCGUUUUGGGCAGUGAUUUUGGCUUGUUAAUGAAUGAUGGCUUUCAUCUUUUCUCCAUUUUGGCUAUGAAACUGCCUUCUUGUUAAUAAUUUAUAGGGUUUCGGAUUAGGAUUUUCUGAGAUGGAAAGGAAUAGUGAGGAUCAGAGAAUGGAGCUUGACCUGAAUCUUGAACCCCCUCCUGGUUUUGACCUAGGGCUAGGGUUAGGGUUGGAUCUCCAUGAUUGGCCUGGAAGCUCAAACCCUGACCUGUUUUUGCAGUCCUUAUACCAGUCUCGUGGAUCCUCAAUUCUCAGCAACAUUAUUCGUUCCUCUGUAGAAACUAGCGAACCAGUUAUUGAUCUCGAUGAACCAGAGCCAUUAGCAGAGCCUCUAGUGAGCUCUGAAGCUCAAGAACCACCAAGGUCUCUUCAGUAUAGCAACAGAUGGAGGAGGAUAUUGGGUCAAAGAGCUUCUCCUCUGGUUGACCUAGUCCAAACCGAAGAGAUAGAUAAUGGAUUGGGAUUUGACAAUGGACUAGGAUUUGGUAUGGAGAGGGUUGCAGAGUCGACGAUGUUACCUAAAGGGGGUGGAGUGAAUUUGGUUGCUGAGGCUUUAGCAGAGGAAGAAGAUGAGAAAAAGGAGCAAUCGAGUUCACAUUUCGACUGUAACAUCUGUUUAGACUUGGCUGAAGAACCAGUCGUUACCUCUUGUGGCCAUUUGUUUUGCUGGCCAUGCCUUUACCAAUGGCUUCAUGUCCAUUCAAACACGAAGGAAUGCCCAGUUUGUAAAGGGGAAGUUACAGAGAUGAACCUAACUCCAAUUUAUGGACGUGGCAGCGAAAAAACCAGGAAAUCUGAAUCCACAAAAAAAGGUGAAACAGAAGAGGAAACAGAGCUAAACAUACCUCCUCGACCCCAUGCUUGUCGAAUCGAGAGCUUGAGGCAGAGGCUUAGAAGGCCAGAUUGGAGAAUUGGGGAUUUUUAUAGGCUAAGAAGGAGGCAUACCAGUAUCGGGGAACCAGCUUUUAUUGGGGGGGCUAUACAAGAGGAACACAACCAUGUUCUUGAUGUUGUUGACAAUGGGGUGGAACCAUUUGGCGGAAUUCAUUCUCAUAAUGAACAUAUUUUGACGAGGUUUAGAAUUGCACAGAGAUUGCAGAGAACUCACUUAGAAAGGGAUCGACUUGUAAGGCCAGUUAAUUCUCGAAAUUCAGGGGAUUUAGGGCAAAACCCAAGAGCCCGUGCUAGGGGUAUGGAUGGAAAUAAUGGGGUUGAUGGGGGCUCAGGAGGUGGCCAUCGUUGGGGUGGCAUUGGACUUCUCUCUUUACAAAGGCUUCAGAGAACAGAGAAUGCUAUGGCUAUGAGAGCGAGUUUGAACUCUUUGGAAGGUGUUAUCCAUAGGAUUGGUUCAAAUGAUAGGAUUGGUUCAAAUGAUGCUAGUUCCCAACCUGGGUUCAAUUUGAACAAUACGCAAUCUACGAGUUUGAAUAAUCAAGGGCCUCAGGGUAAUGGAGGUUUUGAGGAUCGAACUUCAGUUUCUAGCACAGCUGCAGUGAUAGAGUUAGGAAGUUCAGUAAUUGAACCUGGUUUGGAGCCAGAGUCUAUUGGGUCUUCAGAUCCUCCAAGAAGGAGAAGGAUUGGGGCUUCUCAUUCUAUAGAUGCAGAUGGGGGUACCUCCCGUGCACCUAAAAGGAGAAGACUGAAUUAGAAUACUUCCAAACUUUGACAAUGAUAAAGUAAGAAGAAAAGGUUUUCAAGGAUUGAACGGUAGAAAACCAGAGGUUUAUGUCUUCUACCCCCUUUGAAGGAGUAGCAUAUGAAUGUUUAUGGAAGCAGGAGGCCAGACUAGAAAAUAUGAUCAGUUUGCUUUAUUUCGGCCUUCAUCUGAAUUUGGAAUGGGGUAGACAUGUUGGUCUUUCACAGGAGGAAAAUUUUGCUCGUUCAUGGGAUACUUUUCCAUCGUAACCUCUGUAUCUGUAGCUGUCAUAUAUAUCUGUAGCUGUCAUAUAUAGGAGACCGUGGUAUCUCUAUCAUUUAUUGCAUACUGGAUAUGGAUGGGCAUGCUUGUCAAGUUAAUAUUGGCCAUGCCCCUUAUGAAAUCAAGUAUGUGUUUUUUUUGUGUUCUUUGUUUUUUCUUCUUUUCAUUUUUCCUCAUUUGUACACCGGUGUGCACUUUGCAGGCCUUUUCAUUUGGUGCCAACCUUCAUUUGAUGUUGUUUACAUAGAGGUUUUUAUAUUACUCAGUCCAGUUUUUAUAUUACUCGGUCCUUGUUUGCAGUCUUGGCUAGCAUUGCCAGCUGACUUUUGUCGACUCUUUGUUUCUUUUUUUUCUUUCUGUUAUUCUUAUAGGUUUUCUUCUCACUUUAGGUAUCUGUAAUGCCUAAGUCACUCUUUGUAUUUGUAAUACAUGGAGGGAAGUGCACACCAUCUUAUGAAUAAAAUGCUAUGCUUUGGAACUUUCA